AUGUCCAUCAUCAAUGAUAUUCCUCAGCUGGAUGGUGUCUACAUCUUCAAUGAUAUUGAAACCCUACAUGAAGAAUGGACAAAAAAAUGGCAAAAAAUCAAAAGCGUUCAUACCAACAUUGAUGACAUAUGUCAAGGAUUACAAUUGGAUAUUAAACAAUAUCAUCAAGACUCGAUAGCUAUGAGUUUUAUCACAGCGGAUGAAAUGGCUUCAACUGAUAAUUUGAAUCAGUUGGAACCAACAUUUAUGUACACCCAAAUAUUCAAGGAUAUUCUUCUCGAUAUGGAACAUGGUGAACAGGCCAUCAAAAAUUUUAUUGCUUAUUGUCGAGAUUACGACUGCGUGUCGCUAACCAUUAUAAACCGUUUUGAGAAAGAGUACCAUGAUCAAUUAGCUAUAUUGUGGUAUACUUUCCCAUCCAAUAUCUAUGGUAUGCUCAACUAUGCUCUUCGAACACUGGAUGCCAAUAUAAUCAUUAAUAUGGGCUUCUUUCUACGUGAUGUACAUAAGCAGAUUCAACAGCUGUACGAGCAACAGGUCAGCAUUUAUGGUAGAGAAACUUUUAUGGUUUAUCGAGGACAAGGUCUUAUGCAAUCAGACUUUGAAAAGCUUCAGAAAACAAAAGGUGGAUUAAUGUCAUUUAGCAAUUUCGUAUCUACCAGUACAAAUAAAGAAGUGUCCCUUGGUUUUGCUCAACCUGCUUCAACAGAACCAAAUAAGGUCGGUAUUCUUUUUAUAAUGUCGAUUGAUCCUUGUAUUAAAUCCGCACCAUUUGCCUCCAUCAAAGAGAUGAGUUAUUAUAAGGAUGAAGAUGAAGUUCUGUUCUCAAUGAACACUGUCUUUCGAGUGGGUGCAAUUAAACAAAUAGAUAAUAUCAAUCAACUUUAUCAAGUUGAACUACAAUUAACAUCGGAUGAUGACCAACAACUACGAUUACUUACUGAUCGGAUACGAGAAGAAGCUGGUGGUAAUACUGGAUGGGAAAGAUUGGGCAAAUUAUUGAUUACAGUUGGUCAAUUUAAUAAAGCUGAAGAACUCUAUAAUGUAUUACUCAAACAGACAUCUGAUCAGGGUGAAAAAGCGUUUUAUUAUAAUCAGCUUGGUGGUGUCCAUUUGAAUCAACGUGAUUAUGAAAAGGCUAUUUGGUAUAACGAAAAAGGACUUGAAAUUUGUCAAAAAACUCUCCCUUCAAAUCAUCCUUCUUUGGCUACUUCAUACAACAACAUCGGUUUGGCGUAUCACUGCAUGGGAGAGUACCCGAAAGCACUUUCAUCUCACGCAAAAGCACAUGAAAUGUAUAAAAAAACUCUUCCUUCAAAUCAUCCUUCUUUGGCGCAGUCAUACAACAACAUCGCUGCUGUUUAUGAUAGCAUGAAGGAGUACUCGAAUGCACUUUCAUUACACGAAAAAGCAGUUGAAAUUCGACAAAAAAGUCUUCCUUCAAAUCAUCCUGAUUUGGCUGCUUCAUACAACAACAUCGGUGGUGUGUAUGACAACAUGGGAGAGUACACGAAAGCACUUUCAUUUUACGAAAAAGACCUUGGAAUUAAAAAAAAAAGUCUUCCUUCAAAUCAUCCUCAUUUGGCUACUUCAUACAAC